AUGCUGUACCGCGGCCUUCUAUCCUUCGACGAUCGCUCGCACCGACGAUGGUCAGCUGGUACAAUACCGAAAGAGCUGGGGAAUCUCGCAGCUCUAGUUACUCUGUGGCUCAGCAACAGAUUGGAAGGUCCUAUCCCGCAAGAACUGGGCAACCUCGAGAACCUGCAACAACUCUGCCUGUCGGAGAACCAGCUAACAGGCCCUAUACCGAAAGAGCUGGGGAAUCUCGCAUCUCUGGUGGUGCUGUUGCUCGCCAGCAACGAAUUGGAAGGUUCCAUCCCGCCGGAGCUGGUAAACCUCGGAAUCCUGUACCAAUGCGAUAUGUCGAACAACAGGCUACAAGGAAUCAUUACCAAGGAGCUGGUUGCUCGCCUGGGGCCGAUGCUCCUGGUCCAUGGAAACCAGCUUACCGUUGAUUGGGACAAGUCGCCUGCCACCGAUGGCGGUGGCUGGCAGAACCGCCUCGAGCCGUACAGCAACAUAUCCAUCAUUGCUACCCUUUUCGCUGGGGUCGGGCUCGCUAUCUUCCCCCUCCCGCGAAGUAAUGUGCCGGAGGGCCAUGGCUUCUUGCUGGGGCUGACUGGUCACGUGGUGUACAACUUCCUGAUGUGCUGUUCUUUUAGCACGAACAUGCUUGUCGCGCUGUUCCAAAAGGAACGUGGUCCACACAACGGUGCCAACGACGCGACCGUCGGCAAGAUUGACAGCGGCACAAGCGACAGAAUGGCAAGCUGCACAACAGAAAGUGGCACUAGGCAGCGCCCUUCCCCACAAUUUUUUGAUGUACCCAAAGCUGAGACUGGUUUUGCAGUCUCGGGUAUGACACACUAUCCAGAUUUCGGAAAGAAUGUUGAAAUCAUUGCAGAGGUGGCAGAGACGAACGGAAGGAGUGGGAUUCUCGGCGUCCGCACGAGGUGUUGGUGUCCACCGAGCUUCACCGUGUAGCGCGCGGCGUGCGUACGCCAACGUUGGGGCACGCGAAGCGCGGUCCGGUAGCUCGGGAUAGCGACCUAGGUCUGUCCACUGUAUUACACUGCAUGAGUUGCAUUGGGUUCGUGUCUACUGUACCCCCAUUACAACCCAACAACUGUUGAACUGGCGACCGCAAGCAAGUCGCCAACGUUGACGUAGUACGCACGCCGGUCCAAAGGCAGGUGCAUUAGGGCCGCACAUACAGCACGGAGUAUCAUGGGCUUGCGUAUUGGUUUCGGUUGGUUGCUGCUCCGAGGUUUGAACGGGAGUAUCUAGUAGUUGAACGUUUCGGAUUGCGGUUUCUGAAACGAAUACCUUGUUUAAGAGCGAUCACCGGAGAUCGGGUAGCGCUUUGGGGCCGUGGGUUUUGAAGAAGUUUGCAUUUGAAGUUGCCCGCACCGUC